AUGUCCGAUCCUGACGAGCAAAACGCGGUAGAAGAAGAUGGGCUUGCAACAGAGACGACGCCGGUAAAGAGGGCCCACACCGCGGUGCUGCUUCUUGCCACCCUCUCGGCGACCAUCACGUACCAAGCUGGGAUGAACCCACCAGGAGGCUUCUGGCCGGACAGCCGAGACGGACACGCCGGCGGCGACCCGAUACUCCAAACUACGCACGCAAAACGCUACAAGGUCUUCUUCGCCUUCAACUCCCUCGCGCUAGUCACCUCGAUCAUUGUCAUCGCCAUGGUCCUGACGAGGCACGCGUCGAGCGCCGUCCACAGGCACCACGCGCUGGAGGUCGCCAUGGUCCUUGAUCUGCUCAGCCUCGUGGUCGCCUACGCUGUUGGGUGCGGCCGCGACAUGAACACAUCCGUCCGAGUGAUCGCCCUGGCUGGUGGCGUCCUGGUCUGCGUUGUGAUCCACAUUGUAUUUUUCACGCUCAAGACCAGGAGAGAAACACCGGAGCUGCUGAAGAAGAAGCGCAAGCUGUUGCUGCUGUUCGCCAUCCUCGUCGUCACCAUCACCUACCAGGCUGGGCUCACUCCGCCAGGGGGCUUCUGGCUCGACGACGAUGCCGAUCACCACGCCGCGGGCUACGCCGUGCUCUCCAACACCUACCCUCACCGUUAUGCGGCAUUCUUCUACUGCAACGUGGUGAGCUUCAUGUCCUCGGUGGCGAUCAUCAUCCUACUAGUGAACCCACACAUGUACGAGCUAGGCAUCAUGUGCCAGGCGCUCUACCUGUGCGCGGUAUCGGCAUUGUUUGGCCUCAUUGGGGCAUACGCCGCCGGAAGCUCUCGUCGCAUAGGAACGUCUCUCUCUGUGGUCGAACUGGCAGCCGGUGUGUUCGUCCUCAUCGUCAUGCUGCUCCUAGCACUCAAGUUUCUGAGUAGAGGCAAGAUAUUCUGCCACGGAAGCAACAAGUUGCCACCGCAACCACAGGAAGCAAGGGAAGAGGAGCCCCAGCCCAAGGAAGAAGAAGACGAUGUAACGGAGGAAGACGGCUCCGACGAGCAGACCCAGCCCAAGGAAGAAGAAGACAAUGCAACGGAGGAAGAUGACUCCGACGAGGAGACCCAGCCCCAGCCCGAGGGAGGAGGAGACCACUCUGAUGAGGAGUCCCAGACCCAGCCCCAAGAAGGUGGGGGAGACGACUCAGACGACAGAGACACUGCUAGAUACACCACGCGCAAGUACCUGAUGCUGGUGAGCAUCCUAGUGGCGAGCGUCACCUACCAAGCAGGUCUCAUCCCGCCAGGUGGGGUAUGGCCAGAUAGCGUCGACGGGCAUACGGCGGGCGACCCAGUCCUGCACGACAGCAACGAGCGCCGGUACGGCUUGUUCUUCUACAGCAACUCCGUCUCCUUCCUGGCAUCCAUCGUCGUCAUCUUCCUGCUACAGCUGGAGGAGCCGCUGUUUGCCCGGAAGGUCGGUUCCCCUUCCACAGUUGGAGGAGCCCCCACAUGUCCUAGCAAGUCCGACGAGCUGCUCCGGGUGGCGCAGUCCUACAUCCUGCUGGCCCUUCUUUUCCUGCUCAUCGCCUACGCCUCAGGCUGCAGCCGUAGGUGGGAGAUGUUCGGGUAUGUCAUCGUGCUCGCUGUCGCCGUGUUGCUCUACAUCGCCAUCCAUGUGCUGCUGUCAUGCCGUGACGAGAAACCUGCCCAGGUAACACCUCUGGCUCAGGAGGUUGAGCACGGUGGUGGUACCAGCCACUGUGCUGACGCGCUGUGCAGAUGUAAAUGCCACGAAAGAACGCAAGAGGAAAGCGAGGUCUAG